UAGAAAGGCAAGUUAACGAGUGAACUCUUGCAAAUGUUGUCUAAUAAUAUGCUCCACCGAAUAUUAAUUUAAUGAAAAUAUGUUUAAAUCACACUGCUUACGGUUUUCCUCUGAGCGAAUUAGAUUCAGGACAGUUUUAAGCUGGUGAAAAGGCAGGGUAGGUCUGGAUUUGCAGUUCCGACAAUGGGAGCCAUAAUUUCACGGUGGAAGACUAAAACUUCCACUGUGGAUAUUCUAGAGUCACUGGAUAAGGACAUAAAUGACCUUGAGGAGUUCCGUACAAAGAACCAGCGCUUGCUGAAAUUGUGGGUGGGCCGGCUUCUCUUCUACUCAUCUGCUUUGUACCUCAUCACAUGUCUGUGUGUGUAUUACCUGUACUUCCCUGAGCAGUGGAGCGCUCGCAUCAUCACUGCCCUGCCUCUGCUAGCAUUUCCAGCACUAGUGUUACUACUACGAAAACUGCUCAUCUUCCUUUUCUCCAAACGCACAGAGAGAAACAAUGAAAAACUAGAUGAUUUAAAAACAAAGAAGCGGAAAAUACUUGAGGAGGUGAUGGAAACAGAGACCUACAAAAAUGCUAAGCUCAUAUUGGAGAGAUUCGACCCAGAAUCUAAGAAGAAAGCAGAAGCAGAAGCCACUCCGGUCAGACCCCACAUGACCACUAGACCAGGACAAGACCUGCGGCAGCGGCAUGUUGCCAUGGCAACUCCUGGACCUGGUCCCAUGACCCCAGGAGCCACACCACAUCGUACUGCCCCAGGAGGACCUCCAGAGAAAGGGCUCGGUGGGUCUCCAGCAGAAUCACCACAACAAAUGAUGAGAAGGAACAUGAAUCCUUAUUCACCAGGACCUGGAUCAGGCAUGCAUCCCCCUGGGCCACCUCUCGCUCGACCCAUUCUUCCACGAGAGCGUAGCUCUGUGGACAGAGUUAUUGAGUACUUAGUGGGAGAUGGACCUCAGAACAGAUAUGCAUUGAUUUGCCACCAGUGUUUUUCCCACAAUGGUAUGGCUUUGAAGGAGGAAUUUGAGUAUGUAGCAUUCCGUUGUGCUUAUUGCUACUUCAUGAACCCGGCAAGAAAGACACGCCCCCAGGCACCCAGACUCCCAGAGUUCAGUUUUGAGCGCAGACUUCGCUCUGAAUCUCCUGAAACACAGUCUUCUGCCGCCACCGAGACACCAGAAGACAGUGACGUCCCUGAAGACCAUAUUGUCUCGGCUCGCUCCUCUCGGGUUUCACACUCUGGCACCCCCUGGAGUAAAGUUCAUAGUUUCAAGAGAAUUCACUCAGAUGACGUGGAAAGAACUACAUCUGCUGAUCCUCAGGAUCCCACCGCUGAAGGUCCCCCUGUCGAACAUGAAACCGAGGCAGAGGUGUCACAGCCUCGACGUAGCCCGUCCCCCUCAAAGGAUGUCCCACAGGAGGAAGCUGUAGCUCAGGGGGAACAGCAGAAAGAGGAUGAAUCAAACUAAACUGUUUGAAUGCAGUUUAAACAUGUUUAUGAUCAACACAGUUCACAAGAGCUUUUGGUUUUUGGCAUGUUUUGUUUUAACUUCUCUCUACAGCAUGUACAUCUUAGUAAUUCUGAAGGCUGUUCAAGAGUUUUUACUGCUGAUUUAUUUAUAUGCACCACAUCAUUCACAUGUAGUGGGCUAAUCACAUUACAAUUUGUAAUACAAAUGGUGUGGUGCGGCCCAUAGUGGUGAUGUCUCCCGGUGCAAUUCCUGUGCAUGGUUUGUUUAUGAGGUUGACAUAUGUUAGCAGAGUAACUUAGGCAGACAAAACAAACUGCAGUUGCUAAAGUGUUGAAGCCUAGAAUAAUUUUACAGUGUUAACAUUUAAUAUUGCACAGUAUAAAUAAGGACAAAAUUGGGUAGCGAGAAAUGUUUAGCUAUCAUUGUGUUUACAGAAUUAUUUGAAACCUGCAAAAUUAGAGCUGAACAAAAAUACACUCUUUAUCAAAAGCACUGGUCUUCUAGAGAAGUGAUGCUUUUUACUUUUUUGGUUGCUAAAUGCACUAUUUUGAUUGUUAAAUAUUUAUUUCUUUUGUUUUGAGUUGUUGUAAUUGCUUGUGUUUUUCUGGCCAAUGGUUUGUUUACCUAUUUGUGAAUAAUUCAACUGUUUUGUGCCUUUCUGGUUAAGAAUAUGUGAAUUACUGCACAGUUUACAAGAUAGCAAAAUCUGUAAUUGGUGUCCAUACAUAGGAUGUUAUCUGCAUUGAUGUUUAUGCUUUACAAGUCAAAUGAUGCCAGAUGUGACACUAAAAUAUUUUCAUGAAUAACAAUUUGGGUGAGAAUGAUAGUUUGGUAGUUAGAGGAACUUUUGUUCCUCUAAAUUCUACUUCGUUGUCAUGUUCAUGAUGAAUUGAUUCUUAUCUCAACAGCAACACAUAUGUAUGUGCUGUAUGUGGAAUUAUCAGUUUAUCAAUACUUGCACAUGUCUGCUGCUUUUACAGUCUGUACAUGCCAAUAAAUGUUUCUUAUCUAAA